CCCUAAUCCCAAAUUUCGUUACUAACAUUCCAUUCCCAAUUUCCAUAUCCCAACGGAUCGCAAUAUAGCAAGUAGCGAACAUGAUUUCUUCCGUGUCCUUUCCAGCGUCUCUUCCCGCCGUUAACUUCUCCGGCAACGCCGUGGCUUCUCCGUCGUGCCGCGUCAAAUCCAGGCCUAUAGUUGCCUUCGCCACCGCCACCGCCACCGCGGAAGCUCGCUCUUCCUGGACGGAGCAACCGAGACCUUCGUAUCUGAACUCCUCUUGCUCUUCGCUCUACGAGGUUCUCGGCAUCCCCGCCGGCGCCUCUAACCAAGAAAUCAAGGCGGCGUACCGGCGACUGGCCAGAGUCUUCCACCCCGACGUGGCGGCGAUUGACCGGAAAAACUCAUCCGCCGAUGAGUUCAUGAAGAUCCACGCUGCGUACUCUACUCUCUCGGAUCCCGACAAGCGCGCCAACUACGAUCAGAGGCUCUUCCGGCGACAACGGCCGUUGUCGACGGCGGCGGUGUUCUCCGGUUAUACGCGUCGGAACUGGGAAACGGAUCAGUGUUGGUAGUGAGUCACUGAGUCGACUCGCUCGAGUGAAUGGGAAAAGACGCGGUUGUUGAAGCGCCUUUCCUUGCAUAUAGUAAAAUUAAUCACUAAUUAGUUAGUCGUUAGAGUUUGUAUUAUACUACGUAUAUGUAUAGCUACAAACAUACAUAUACGCGUAGAGUAGAAUAGACUGCCACUUGUACUUACUCUCUCCCACUUAUCAUCAAAAUUUUAUGGAUGAACAAAAGGAAAAGGAAAAAAACAGAAGAAAAUUGACUUUGGUAUAUGAGAUUGUCCAAUAUGUACUUUUGCUUCUAGUAUUGUUUUUUUCGAUUAAUUAAGAAAACAUCUCAAGGUUUA